ACAAUAUUAGGCAGGUGGUCAUAAUGUUAUGCCUGACCGGUGGCCAUAAACUUAUGCCUGGUCAAAGUAUAUUUAUACAUUUAAUUGUUUUCGAGUUUCAAAUUCAAUCCAUUCUUUGUCCAUUUUAAGCCAAUGAUAGUAAUAAACUAUACAAAAAUCAAUAUUAAAGAUAUUGAGAUUAUAAAUAUAAUAGCAUAUUAUAAUAUCUCUUUUUUGGCCUUCAAAAUAACAAGUAUAGUGAAGAGAUCAAUGAUUAAACAGUGGGCGUGUUGAGUUGUUGGGUCGCCUCAAUCAGCCAGGGUCGAAGUACAUCCUCUGGGUUAUAAGAAAGGCAGUGCUCUGCUCAUAUACGGGACAUGAAGACUGCAACAAAGGGAAAUGCUCUUUUUUUCCCUCCCUCCCUCCAACCAGUCGCUCCUGUUUGCUUCUGCUUCUGCACGCACACCUGUAUAAGUCUUGCUGAAUGUUGCGAGAGCGCGCACGCGUUAGGGGAUUGCGCGCAAUGGGAGCGGCAGCCGCACAAGAGAAAAAGAGAGAAAGCCGAAUAUUCAGUGUACAAUAAAACACCCCAAGCUGUGCCCCCGGGGGGACACCUGUAGAGUGAACUAUCGUCGCUGAGGAACCAGAUCCAGACUUGAUGGUGAUUUGCCACUCGUGCAUAAGCAGGAGCGCUCUUGGAGACGAUGGAAGACUAUGUGAAUGUGAACUUCUCCAACUUUUCCCAUCUGGAGAACUUCGGCUCUACGGGGGGAUCACCGGCGCUGCGCUUCUUGAUCUCGCUCGUGUACUCGUUCGUGUGCGCCGUGGGCCUGGUGGGCAACCUGCUGGUGUUCUUCCUGAUGAGAUCGCGGCAAGGACGGAGGUCGUCCACGAUCAACCUGUUCAUCCUGAACCUGGCGGCUACGGACUUUCAGUUCGUGCUGGUGUUGCCCUUCUGGGCCGUGGACACCGCGCGCGACUUCAGCUGGCCCUUCGGCCACGUCAUGUGCAAGGUGGUGCUCUCGGUCACGGUGAUGAACAUGUACGCGAGCGUGUUCUUCCUCACGGCGAUGAGCAUCACGCGUUACUGGGCCGUGAGGUCGGCGCUGAAGGACCGCGGGCGGCCGUGCGCGUGCUCGGGCCGCCUGGUGAGCGCGCUGCUCUGGCUCCUCGCCACCGUCGCCACCGCGCCCACCAUGGUCUUCUCCGCGCAAAAGGACGUGUACGGCGAAAGCCUGUGCCUGAUGAGCUUCCCCGGCGGGGACCGCUGGCUCGCCGUGUACCACCUGCAAAAAGUUUUUAUCGGCUUCGUCUUCCCCAUGUUCAUCGUCUGCGUGUGUUACGUGCUGCUCCUGCGUUACCUGCGCCUCCGCAGCAUGAACAACCACUUUCACAGGCGAACAUCCAGGGUCACUCGAUCGGUCACCGUGGUCGUGCUAUCAUUUUUCAUCUGCUGGAUACCGAACCAAGCCUUGACCCUCUGGGGCGUACUGGUCAAGCUGGACGUUGUGCACUUUGACCAAGACUACUACAUGGUCCAAACGUACAUUUUCCCAGUGACUGCUUGCUUGGCGCACGCCAACAGUUGCUUGAAUCCGGUUCUGUACUGCCUCACGAGAAGGGAGUUCAGGAAGAUGCUCAAAGACUUGUUUUGGAGGAUUUCCUCUCCAUCCAUGGCCAACAGCUGCCAAAUUCGCCCGUUUUCCGGUAGUGGUAAAGGAGAGCCUGAUGAUAGUCAGGCAGUCAUUCCACUCAAUAUAGUAGAAAGCGAGCAGUAUAGACUGUCUCUGUUUAAUGCUCAGUGAGACACCAUUCCUAUUUCCUACAGCUCAGGACUCGCUGGCAAGGUAAACCCAAGGAAACACUUAUCCAGUCUUGCACUCAAGAUUGUCGAAGUAUUGAAAGACCUAACUACUCUAGAGAAGCAGUCCAUAAAUCCAUGUAACACACACACACACACACACACACACACACACACACACACACACACACACACACACACACACACACAGGCUAUAACUUAACUCAUAUGAAGUGUGUGCAUGUGUCCACAUUGAGUAUUAAUGGCUUAUUGCUGCUUUAAUAUCAUUGAUGUGAACUUUGGGUUAUAUGUAACUAACACUACACUCAUGGGCAAAAAAAAAGCAUAAAAUGACAGAAAUAUGAAUAUUUUAAUGGUCUCGACGACAAAUCACUGGUCAGGACAUAAGCAAGAAAUAUAUAUAUAUAUAUAUAUAUAUAUAUAUAUAUAUAUAUAUAUAUAAAUACAUAAACAUACAAACAUUACAAAUACAUAAAUAUACAUAAAUUGACUUUCUAUCUGAUAGCUUUUCCCUUUGGUUUCUUUAAAACUCGUGGAUAAGUUUCCUUAAAAUGUCUCAAAUUUGAGCACAGCUUUUUUUCUACAUAAAGAAGAGUAAAUAAUAAUUUUACCUUUGCAAAGAAAAAGAUAUAAAGGUGAAAAUAGGUGAAUUUCCGUUUCCACCCACCCCCCCACACAUUAACACACAGCGUGUUAUUUUCUGACCAGUGAUCGUAAUAUUUUGCCAUGUCUUUUUGUAUAUCCUGUACAUUUUCCCCAGUUUUGUAUACCCAGAUUACAUCUACCACCACACACAAAAAUGCCCAGCACCAUUAUUGUUGUACAUUGAAAUCUGUCAUGUUGUACAGUGUAACAUUAAGAAUGUAUCAGUGUCAUGCUUGAGCUCAGAGGCGUCGUGUACAUGACCUUUGUAUUCGGAGGAACCGUUUACUAACUACGUCUGCCGAACAAUUCUCUUCAGUUGUUGUGUAAAAGUCCUGACCUAGCGUAAAUUAGUGUCCUGGUGUUUUCAUAACAUAUUUUGUCUAUGAAAUAUGUUCUUUCAGUCUUUUCUGCUUUGAAAGUGUCGUAAAACAACAACAACAAAAAAAAAUGUGUGCCACUUGCUCUUAAUAAUCUGCUGGUUUUGCCCCAAAGGAAAUGAAUGUACACACUCUGACCAGGCUUCUGAUUGUAAUGUGAGUAAUAAAGUCUUAUCUUAUCGGA